AUGAAUCUUAACAGUAUAAUCAGAUCACUAAGGCUACCAGAUACGGAUGUAGCUGAAUCGAAUAUCUGGAUCAAUGAGGAUAUUCGGCCUAUGCCGCCGGAGCGCCGAAGAUGGACGACAUCUACGUUCAUUUCCUUCUGGUUGACCAACCAAGUGGCUAUUUCCAACUGGCAAUUGGGUGCCUCCCUUGUUGCAGCUGGUCUCUCAGUCUGGCAGAGCGUCAUCUCCAUCAUUAUAGGCAAGAUCAUCAUCGCUGUCGUCGCCAUAGCAAACGGCUGUGUCGGUGCUGAGUGGCACAUUGGGUUCCCCGUUGUGUCUCGUUACAUUUGGGGUGUCUAUGGGCAAUACCUCAUACUGGUUCAAAGAAUUAUUCUUAGCCUCGUGUGGUUUGCUGUUCAGUCAUGGACUGGUGGCUUGACUGUUGUCAACUGUUUAUCAGCAAUCUUCCCAUCCUUUGAGUCUCUCGGCAACGUGUUCCCAGAGUCAUCACAUCUCACAACCAAGGACUUCAUCGGCUGGAUUAUCUUCAAUGUGCUGCUCAUACCCAUUCUUUAUAUCAGACCUGAGCGGAUUCAGAAGUUGCUCCUGGCUUUCAACAUCAUCUCGUCGAUAACCCUUGUUUCAAUCAUGAUAUGGGCAUUAGCAACCGCGGGUGAGGCAGGCCCCCUGGUUAGGCAGGGCGCGAAGCCGAUGUCGUCCAACGAACUAGGCUGGCAGAUCGUCCACGGAAUCACCACCGUCAUUGGAAGUAUAGCUGUAGGACUUACCAAUCAACCCGAUUACUGCCGAUUCGCACGCCGGCCUGGCGACCAGAUAUUCGGUCAAUGGUUUAGCAUCAUAUUUUUCGGAGCAAUCUUCCCCACCUUUGGUUGCCUGGCCGCUUCAGCCACUGGUGUCAUCUAUGGAGAACCGAUCUGGAAUCCACCAUUGAUUGUACAAGCUUGGCUUAACUCCAACUACGAUGCGAAAAGUCGUGCUGGAGCUUUCUUCGCUGGUCUUGGUCUUCUGUGUAUUCAAUUGAGCAUCAACUCCGUCGAUAAUGCCUUUUCAGCUGGCAUGGACCUUGCCGGAUUGUUCUCCCGCUAUAUUAACAUCCGCCGAGGCGCUUAUAUCGGUCUCGUGUUGAGCAUUGCUCUCUGCCCCUGGGAGUUGCUAUCCUCAGCCGCGGUGUUCAUCAGCGUCCUGUCAGCGUACAGCGUGUUUCUUGGGCCGGUCAUCGGGAUACAGAUAUGCGAUUAUUUCAUCAUCCGUCGUCGUAAGAUUAAGCUUACAGACCUUUUUCACCCCCGGCCCGAUGGUUCUUAUUACUACUGGAACGGUAUCAAUCCCAGGAUGUUUGUAGCGUGGGUCUGUGGAUUUGCGACCCAACUCCCUGGGUUCGCAGCCAGUGUUACACCAAACAGCGUCCAUGUUGCUUCUGCGUGGAUCAAUUUGUACUACCUUGCCUUUCCUCUCGGUUUCGCCAUAUCAUUCCUUCUUCAUUUAGCAAUCAACACUGUUUGGCCCCCGCCAGAGGCAGGGGUGAUGGAUGAUAUGGACUACUACGGGACGUUCACAGAAGACGAGGCAAGAAAGAUGGGCGUUCUUACAUUGGAUACAGAUGUUAUUGAAGGUUCGUCAAAGUUUGCGGAAACAGCUGAUGAUCAAGGUCCUCGAGGAUGGCUCAAGGCAAUGCUUAAGUAG